AUGGAGAACGGCGGCGAGCCGAGCAACAAGAAAUCGAGGUUGCAGGAGGAGGAGCCCAUGGCGGUGAAGCAGGAAGGGCUAGAGAGGAGGCAGAGCCAAGGCGGCGAAGGUGCGCUGUUGGCGGUGGAGGAAGCCAUGCAGGUUCCAUGGGUGGCCGCGGAGGUGAACCCGCUCUUCUAUCUCUGCUUUGCAUGCCAACUUCCCCUCAGGCCUCCUGUGCACCAGUGCGAGGGCGGCCACAGGGUGUGCGGCAGGUGCCAUGGCGACCGCUGCACGGCGUGCGACCCGCCGGCGGCCUACAUCCCCUUCCCCUUCAUGGACGACGCGCUCGGCGCCGUGCAGCUGCCGUGCUGCUACAAGGCGGACGGCUGCGGGAGGAAGCUCAUGUACCACGAGGCCGCCGACCACGCGCUGCAGUGCGCCUUCGCGCCCUGCCACUGCCCGGGGCACGGCUGCAGCAUGUGGGCCUCCCCGCCGGCCCUCCUCGACCACAUCGCCGCCGCCCACUCCUGGCCGGUCACGGAGGUCAGCUACGGGACCCCGUUCAGGAUCGCCGUGCCGCCUCCGUGGCGCGGCGGCGGCACGCACCUCCUCGUCGAGCGGAACGACCCGCGCCUGUUCCUCGUCACCCUGUCCGAGUUCGGCGAGGCCACCGCUGUGUCGGUGGUGUGCGUGCGGGAGGGCACGGCGGCGGCGGCGCCCCGCUUCAGGUCCACGGUCUGGGCUGAGGUUGCGAGCAACACGGAGGAAAAUUUGUUUCGUCGUCUGUCCACGGUGCCGAGCAGCAGCAGCGGCAAUCUUCCCGGUGAAAGGCCGCCGGUGUGCCUCCUGGUGCCACCGGACUUUGGGAGCGAGAGCGAAGACCUCUUCCUCGGUGUUCGCAUUGACAAGCUCUGA